CAAGACACUGCUGGAGCAGCACCAUCGUCGCGUCGCAGCCUUGGCCUUCCACCACUAUGCCUUGAUGCAACUUGGCUGUGGCCACACGGCGACAUUUGUUCGUGCUCUGGCGCCUAAUCAGGAGGAUCUUCCUAUGUUAAGCAUCAGAAAGAAUGUUGCUAGCAAGGCCAAGCCAUUCAUACCUGGAGCAUCACGAACUUGGCGUCUGGAGGACAGGAAACUGUGGGGGUCCGGAUUGGGUCUUAAAGGCCUCAUGGGAGAACCUAUGGACCUCGCAGAUGCCUUGUACCACAAAUCCAUCUUCAUCUUUUCUGAACUCCCUUGCUUGGCUUACCGUUUACCAAGAUCCCUUUCUUGACCAAUCUCCAUACCUAUCAUCAUGCCCAUUGCUAUAGAACAUCCUCUGUCUUUCGAACCCGCUCAUGUCUAUCCCACCGAGGAUUGCAUUUCGCCAGACAUGGAUAUGAGCCACUUAUCUGGGGCCACCAUGGCCGACCUGACGGCAGCAUACACAGAACCAAAGAUUCAAGUUAUCAGUGCAAGUCCAAAUGGCUCCAAGCACUCGACGAAGAGCAGGAUGAGCUCCAAUCGCUGCUCAGUAGCCUCAACCACCAAGUCUGAACUCCGCCGGUCCAAUCACCUCCUCAUCGAAAUGCUGCAGAACAUCCAGGCAGAACUCACCACUCACCGGACAAUCCUGCUCGACGUUCAACAUCGAGUAACACAUCUCGAGAACGAAUCAGUCGCCAGUUUGCAUGACGAUGAGCCACUCAUUUCAGCAUUGCAGCGUCUGGAGGGUCGAGCAUCGAAACGCAACAGCACCAUGGUGCCACCACCCGAGAGCCAGUCGUGGUGGCAGGCAUGCCAGAACUUCGCACACAACUCGGACACUCCCAUGAGUGCGAAUGAGUUCCUCAAAACACCCGUCAGAUUCUCUGGUCUGGGUUGGGAAUAUGGAGUGCCCACACGACCACACACGCCCCCAUUGAGUCCACCUGAGGUCGAUGAUAUCCCGGCAUUGACUCCAACGUCAGAACAUGAAGAGCAUUCCGACGACGAUACUCCGCGGAAAUUGCAACACAAAGACAACGACGCAGUUGUUAGCGAAGUGCGCUCGGCAACUCCCCACAUCACAGAGGGCAACGAUGACUAUGAUGUGAAAGAGCAUACCGUGGAAGUAGACAAGAGGAACAUGCCUCCGCCCCCAAACAUCCUACCAGCUCCGGCUGGCAAAUCAGUCGCGGCUGUUGAAGACCGUCCUGCUAUCAAUCCGCAUAGAUACUUCCGAGGCGUUCGAAGCCUGGCGACAUAUAAGGCUGUCAUGAAGAACAGAUCUACAGAUAAGGAGCACCAUGUCCUGAUUCACUUCCACAAGAGAGGGGAGUUGAAGGAUCGCGAAGAACACACAGCAUAACUGCUCAUAGCGAGGCAGAAGAGUCAACGAAAACAUGUUCCUCUUCAUUCUAGCUAUCCACGAUUACGCACGCACGGCGGAAUUCUACAGGUUUCAUAUUUCCA